AGUCCCACUACUUGGACUAGAGAGACCUACGUCGCGAAAUUAUGAAACAAAUUUACGGACUUGGACGACGUGGGCCGCGGGUCCGAUCGCGCCAUGUACUUUCCGAUCGAUGGUCGUUACGCCACACGAAGGCUCCGGUCGUCCUGCAGCGAUCUUUCCAUACGACAAGCGGCCUUUUAUCAUCAUCCUCAGCUAGUCAAAGGCCUCUCUCACCGCAGACAUCGGCUUCCUCUCAAGCUCCAACAACAUCAACUUCAGAACCAUCGUCAUCUGGUGCAGUUUCCUCAAUAUCUUCAACAAACAAAUUUUUCGGCAGAUCCGAUGUGGUGCCACAAGAUGGAGAACCGCCGUCGAUGUUGUACUUAAGGAACUAUUGAUCAUAUUUGCAUCUUGUAACAAGUUCUUGUUCUACUCGUCCUACUUGAUGUCGAUCUAACUAGCACGAGUAGAAGUAGAACUUGCACAUGAACUACUUCAACUUCGUCUCCUCUAAUAUUCUCUCGCUUAGUGAAAGCAGGCGAACUCCAGGAGGAUCCGCAACAACGCAAAGCACUGGAGGUUUUAGAUGGGCUUUUUUCGCAACUGCUUGAAAGCAGGAAGACGUCUAAUACGAGUGAAAAGCCAGGAGCUCCAUCUCGCGGUCUCUACAUUCAUGGGCCUGCGGGUUCAGGGAAGUCGCUCUCUAUGGACUUGUUUCACCUGUGUCUUCUCCAACGUCGAUCCUUAGCGAGACGACAGCACUUCCACGAAUUCGUUUACGAGUUGCAUGUGCGGUUGAAGCAAUUCGAGGAUGGGCAAAUUGGAGGAAAAAGUAUGACAUGGAGAAGGAUGUGGUUGUCGUAGAUUCAUGUAGAUCAUUCUCAUUGAUCAAUGCGAAUUUUGUAGGAGUUUAUGAUCCAAGCCAGCACCUCUACUUGUUCAUUGUAAAGCAUGAUCAGGUUCUCGAAUAAUAUUCUAACUUGACCACCUUUACCGGCGUGCAACGACAGGCCCUGUCGACAAGAGAGCGUCUACGGGCUUUGGCUCGGGAAAUCACACAAGAGUGUGACGGCGUUCUCUGCUUUGAUGAGUUUGCGAUUACGACAAUCCAAGACUGCACCAUGCUGACGACGUUGCUUUAUGGAACAAAUGAUGAAAACUCGCAGCCGCUACUGAUCAUUUUACUAGUUUUGUUCGGACAGACUUACUUACUACUUAGUUCAACUUCAACAGUGGUGCAACUUCUUCUAGACCCUCCUCCACCACCACCUCUAAACUUUCCGCGAAAUGUUUGACGCUGGAGUCGUCUUAGUUACGACGUCAAACCGGCAACCGGAGGACCUCUACGAGGACGGUCUGAACCGGCACAUGUAUCUCCCUGAAUUCCUAGAGUUGCUGCAUUCAAAUUGCGACGUCAUUGCGGUCGCUGGUGGCAAGGACUACAGAUGUUUGGCUCUAGACGAGCAAGUAGACGGAGUCUUAAGAGUGAUUCAAUCUAUUCAUCUCCUCUUUCUGUGGGCUGGGAUAGGUUUGCGUUCCGUAGUAGUUUUCUUAAUAUGACGAGAAGAUGAAUUAUCAUUUUCGAGAGGACUUUCCUUCUUUCGGUUUUUGUUUUUCUAGUACUUGGGUCUGCUCCACCAACAUUAUCAUGGAGAGUAGAAGCUCUAAAUCUAAUUGUUCAGCAAGCUUCAAGUACAAGCAAGAGCAACGGCAUUCCAGUAGGUCCUACUGGAGCGAAAAGUACGAAGCCCCAACUCUUUUUCUCCGCUGAAGAAGCACUUACGUUGAAGGAAAUUUGUGCGACAGCAGCGUCUUCAUCUGCUGAUACGAAAGACGCUAGAACUAUUAAGGGUAGGUUACAGGUGCUUGUUUUGUUAUCGUUUGUUAUGGCUCUCCUAAGGGGGACAGCCAUAACAAGCGGGAUAAACGAACACCAAACGCCUACCUCUAAAACUAGCGAAUCUGGUGCACCCAUGAAGGUUCCUGUAGCUUACGGACGCUUUCUCCACUGCGAAACGCAUGGACCUGGAUGGGCACUCUUCGAAUUCGGACCGCUCUUCAAAGAGGGAAACUUUUCUGCGGACGAUUUCAAUAUGCUCUGUCGGAGAUUUCAUAGUUACGAAAAAAUGAAAAUAAACGUUACCCUCCCACUCGCACUCCUUCACCACCCCUUUAUUUCACAACCCUUCUUCUAAUUCCCCCUCGUAAUCCAAGACGUUCCCGCACUCACUACUGACGACCACAACGCAGCAAAGCGAUUCACAAACUUUCUCGAUUGUGCCUACGAACAUCACUGUCGCGUGAUAUUCUUCAAAAUGCAGGCACCGAGUCUUUCUGCUGUUUUCGACGACUUGAGGAGUCUAGAGCAACUCCGAAUGGCCGAUUUUGGCCAAGAUGUGCCAGCCGGUGCGGCAGACCAAGACACAACGCCGGAAGCCAGUGCAAUCGUCCAAGCAAUCAAGAAAUUAAAAGAGAGAAAGACGCAAUUGGAGGAAGGGGAUGGUAUAAUUGUUGCUAGAACAUCGAGAGGAGGAUCAUCCAGCAGAUGCAUUUGUAUUAUUGUAGACGGGACAAAAACAGCUGAACAAAGUUUCCACCAACUACACCACCUCAGAAUCUGCAGCAGACUCGCACCCAGAGAAGCGGAUGCGGCAUCCGUUGAGUCUCCAGGAUUUUGAACCGGAAAGAGACAUGGAUAUCUGGCGUCAGGAUGCACGGGGCAUGCCUCAAGUUACUAAAAGUUAUGGCCUUGAUGGAAUACGAAUACACAACGUUCACCACAAGAAUGUAGUCACUUCUUGAGAGACGAAGAUGUCAAAUUGAAACUUCUAAUAUGGCUGGGAUGAUCGCAGAAGAGCAGCGCAAUUCUUGUGGGAAGUUAAGGCCUUGCUGUUGAGUAGAAAUUCUGCCUGACAAGAACUUACUACAGUUGUUUACAAAUCAUGAGAAAUACAACUGUGCCUAGAAAUACAACUCUGGUGCCUGCUGAUCAUCAUCUCCAUUCAAAUACUUGUCUUAAAAGUGAAACGAGCUUUUUCAAGUUCAACAACUGUCCGUUUGCAGUAAAAAGAGCUUUUUUCUCCCUCCCGUCGUUCUCGCUUUUUACUCUUUCGUCUUUGUGACUCUUCCUCUCUGAAUCUGCCUCCUCUAAGCAGCCAGCAGACCCAACGGCAGAGCAGCAAACGUUUAAAGGUGUUUUUGCAGCUGCCAUCGCGAGUUUGCACGAAACAGGCUUCGCAGUGAAGCGGGCCAUCAGCCGUCUGCAUGAAAUGCAGUCACCAAAAUACCUUGAUAUAUGGGAGAAAAAGAGGUUUCAGAUUCAGAAUAACAAUUAGAUGGCAUCGACGACGUUGACGAAGAUAUUCAUUAAUAUAUCCAUCGAGAAUAGCUUCUCGUAUUCAUGGAGAAGCAUGAGGAUUUUUGAGGUUUUAUAUGAACAGCCGCUUAGUUUUGAACAGAUCCGCAAAGAACAUGCUUACAACACCAUCUAAUCGGCGUACAUGAUCGCAGCAUAAACAUAGACAUGAUCAACAUGAGAUAAGUGCUCAAAAAAUUCGACACGACACACGACACUUCGACUUCUUUUGACAUGGUAUCACUUAGAUUUUUUAUCAUGCAUUCUUUGAAUCAUCGAGCAUUGGCUCUGUCAUCAAAAAGACUAUCAACAGGAAGUUGUAAUGGGAAUAUAGUGUGAAGAUUAGAUACUGGAGGAUGUGCACAUACUACUAUGACCUGUGCUCACCAGAACGAUAUUCCUAAGAAAUAUGCUGUGCAGACAUGAAGCAAGAGUCAUGAUAGCAGGAGAAACCCUUUUUCAGGCACUUUUUCGAUUUUCUAGCGGCCGAAAAGCACGACAGGC